GCAGCACAACCCCUGUGCCCCUGCAUUCAGCGCCCAGAUCAAGUUCCAUCGUGUGUCCGUGCUGGUGGCUUUUGGUCGGACACUUGGAGCUCCAGCCAUUCUCGGGACUUGCGAAAACGAAGGACGUCCGGCAUGACCCGAGAGUGCACAACUUGGUAACCUGCUCGAGCGGUCUGUUGUGCCUGGCAAGGGACACUACCCACCUAUCGCCAGUGAUAGCCAAUUCAGCCCCAACAGCCUCCCUCAAAGCCCACCACCAGUCACCCCCAUCACACCACACAACAGCCAACAUGCCCGCCUCGAUCCCCCACGCCGAGCACGAGCGCACCGUGGCGCACAUGAACAAGGACCACGCGUCCGACCUAUCCCUCUACCUGCGCCACUUCAACGGCGUGCCCGAGCCCGACGCCGCCGGCGCCCGCCUCGUGUCGCUCGACCUGCGCCGCAUGACCAUCGCCGCGGGUCCCGCUGGCACCACCCACCACGUCCGCCUGCGGCCCGCCCUCUCGUCGUGGGACGACCGCCGCGCCGUGCUGAUCGACAUGGCCUGGGUCGCCCGCGCCGCCCUGACCGCCCCGGACCUGGUCCCGGACCUGUCCGCCGCCGGCAGCAGCAGAAGCAGCAGCAGCGCCAUCCGCUGGCCUGCCCUCGUCCCGGACCUGCUCAUCGCCGGCGCCGUCGGCUUCUACUUUGCCAGCUGCGCCCUGGUCUACUCGGGCCACCUGGCGCCCGGCUCCGUCGCCUGGGACGCCGUGGUCGCCUCGCGUUUUCCCGGUGGGCCCGAGACUUUCGUGUGGCUGGUCAAGCUGAUCGCGAUCCCUGUCAUUCUCAUCCACGUCGUCGAGGCCGCCGUCAUGUACCGCUCGCGCCUGCGCAGGCACGGCAUCGCCGUCGUGUCGCUGCCCGGCCUGUUCUGGCUCGGCUGGGCCUUUUUCGAGGGCCUAGCGGCCUUUCGCCGCUUCGACCGCAUGGUCCUGCAAAAGAAGCGCGAGAUCCUAGAGAGGGAAGCUAAAUCCCAUUGAUUUGGAGCUACUGGUUUUGCUGUUACACACCAUCUAUGACGAGUCUUGCAUGUUCAUGAGCACAUAGCCUGAGCGUGACGAAUUAAACAAAACACAAUGGUAUUAAUGACGAGCUGUCUCGGCAUGCAUUGACAUUCCGAGCCUCCUGCCCUGAGGC